AUGUUUGGUCAGGGUAAUUGGACAGUCACUCUGUAUGGACAGGGUAAUUGGACAGUCACUGUGUAUGGACAGGGUAAUUGGACAGCCACUAUGUUUGGGCAGGGUGAUUGGACAUUCACUGUGUAUGGACAGGACUUUGAUACAAGGCAGUUUUGGAAGUGGAACCAUUUCUCUGAUUAUGUGCAAUUUGUGGCUCUGUUUUCGUUCUUUUGUGGUGCUAUUACAAUACUGCUUAUGGACUUCCCUUUGUACAUAGAGACUUUAGGAUUCAUGGCAGUGUUUACAGAAGCUAUGUUGGGAGCUCCACAGUUUUAUAAAAAUUUACAAAAUAGAUCAACCAUAGGCAUGAGUGUUAAAAUGGUGUUAUUUUGGUUGUCAGGAGACACUUUUAAAACGGGUUAUUUUCUUGUGAAAAAUGCACCAAUCCAAUUCACAAUAUGUGGGGCUCUUCAAGUAUCUAUUGACAUUGCAAUACUGUGGCAAGUAUGGCAUUACAGAGGAAAGAAACCGGCAUGA